UGCACACCAGCAUACAAGGACCAUCGGAGAUUAAGAGCGCACGCAGUUGGUUGUUGUGGCCUCCCAAAAGAAAAACGCAGCAGUUGGACAAAGCGACAAGACAGCUGCUGAUGAGGAUGCCCGGAACGGCACCGGAAUGGUUGUUCCUCUUGCUCGCCCUCGUCGGCGGCGUCACCGCCGCGGUGUCCUCGCUCCGCCUCCUCCGCUACCUCGCCCUCUGCCUGCGCCGGCCGAGGGACCUCCGCCGCCGGUACGGCGCGUGGGCAGUGGUAACCGGCCCGACGUCCGGCAUCGGCCGGUCCGUGGCGCUGGAGCUCGCGCGCCGCGGCCUCAACCUCGUCCUCCUCGACAUCGACGCCGCCAACCUCCGGGAGACCUCCGACACGAUCAGGUCGCGCCACGCCGUGAAGACCAGGACCCUCGUAUUCGACCUCUCGCUCGUCGCCACCCCACAAGGCGACGAGUCGAUGCGGCGGCUCCGGGCAGCGAUCGACGGCCUGGACGUCGGGUUGCUGGUGAACAACGCCGGGAUGGCGAAUCCGUUCCUGGCGUACUUUCACGAGGCCGACGUGGAGGCGUGGUUGAGGAUGGUAAGGGUGAACCUGUGGGCGCUGACGGAGGUCGCGGCCGCCGUCCUGCCAGGGAUGGUGGAGCGCGGCCGGGGCGCUGUACUGAACAUGGGAUCGGCGUCGUCGGAGGGGAUGCCCUCCUUCCCACUCAACACCAUCUAUGCAUCCACUAAAAAGUACGUUGCCGUGUUCUCCCGGAGCCUUUACGUCGAGUAUAGGAGCAAAGGGAUUGAUGUGCAGUGCCAGGCCCCAAUGUUCGUGGCGACAAGGAUCGUACCGAACAUCCUGCGAGACAAAUGGUAUCUCUCGCCGCUGUUGUCGACAACAGCGGACGCCUACGCCCGCGCGGCGGUGCGCUGGAUCGGGCACGGCGCAAUCUGCAACCCCAAUCUUAGCCACCAGCUGCAGCGGUGCCUCCUCGCAAUCGUGCCGGAAGCCGCGCUCGACUGGUGCCUGCUGCAGUUCGUCCGGCGGCUGAGAGCGGAGAGUAGGGGCGUCUUGGCGAGGGUGGGCGCGGUUGGGAAUGGGACAGAUCGGAAGAACUCAAUGUAGCGAACAUAGUGAAGUAAGUGUGCGUGUUGGUCCUCGGACAUUUUACCUUGUUGGUUAGUACUUAAGUACUACCUCCGCUCCGUUAUAUAUUUGACGUUUCAGGCACAUGUUUUGCCUGCAAUCAGUCCUUUUUAUUUGUUCGGAAACGUCGACUAAAAAGAAUUGGAGGUAGUACUUUGCUUUGAUUAUGUUGUUAUAUCAAUCAAUGAACCAAAAAGGGAGCUUGUAGCAAAAGGUAUGGCCUUCUGGGUUGUAGCCCGUUAAUUUCUGUCAGUCUAUGGGACUAAUAAUGUGUUAAUUUUUAAUUUUUA